AUGCCAUUGCAGGUGAGAGUCAACCUCGUCAUUCACAGAGAAGUCAUACUUGAACGUUUCCAUUUGAUCCUAUAUGGCACUUCCAGACUAGUAUGUGCACAAAGCAAGAAAACCACGGAACAAGAAAUCACGAGAACCACAUACGAUGUGCUCGAGGGCGAACCGGUCAUUUUUGAAAGCGGAACCCUCAAGUACGACAUUACGUUUGUUUUUCCAGAAAACAGGCUGCUUGUCCCCAGCCAGCAUGUCCUUCUUCCAGACGGAUCACUUUCACAAUUCAGCUAUUUUGUCAAGGCUGAGUGUACCACACUGGAGGGUCUAGAACUCAGGGCCAUCAAGACACUCGAGAUCAAGCCAUCGCUUCAGGGACUUCGGUUAUAUACGGAUUUCGUCACCACGACAGAAAUUGAGCCUCAUCCGCUUCGACAGCUGGAGAUUUUUUCCCGGCGCUUUUUCAUUCAAGAAGGCAGAAGCGAAGAGAAGUUUCUAGCUGUGAAGGUUCCAUUCCGGCUAGAAUUUGCCUAUAAGAGACGAUACCCAGACCAGAACUUUGGCAACACGAAUAACGUUUUUUACCAGAACGAGAGGCUAGGCGAUUUCGUGGAUCUCUAUCUUUAUACGCCAUUAUCCAAUGCUGUUCUUAUGAAGCUAUGUCGUGAAGCCUCAUGGUGGAAACGAAAGACAACCACGCCGCUGUUGCGAAUUCUGAUCAACGGAGUCAGCCUAAGGCAGGUGUUUGUCAAGAAUGCCGUCUACAAAGAAGAUUGCACCUCCAUCACCCCAUUGCUUGAACAGGAAACCCAGAUGGCUGUGCGUUUGGAUGAAUUUGAAGAGGUGAAGAGAACCCACUCCUGGGAUAAGGUUCGGCCCGAGGAAUACAUCACCGAUAAGGAGUACCGCUUCAAGUUUCCUUCCCUGCUUAUGCCGUACUCCUUGGCUACUGAUGCCCAAUCGUACUUCGAUGAGCUUGUGAGUCUGCAUUUCUCUCUCAAGCUCCAGAUUGGUGUUUCGUUUCUUCCUACUCUUCCCGAUCAGCUUAUCGAAUUGGAGAGCAGGAUACUCUUGUUGCCGCAGGACCUGACGAGGUUGGACGAAAUUGCACGAGCAAAGACAAGGAGAAUCUUCGCUUUUGAAAAGAGUGAAAAGCUACCAACCUACCUGUCUUCAGGUAGAGACCAGAUGGUGGCGCCAUGGAACGAACUUACAGAAGCAGUCUAG